ACUCCCCAUUAAUAAACAUUUUACUCUUCUCCAUUCACCCCUUCUUCUUCUUCUUCCUGAAGAUAAAGACAUUAAAAAUGAUCUCUUUUCAAACAUACCAGCAUCUCAUACGAGCUGUUCUGCUUCUCUCUAG